AGAAGUGUACCAUAAAAUCACAACAUAAAGCCAUUUAGAAAAAGAGAAAAGAAAAUGGCAGGAGUAACAUUAGGAGCCUCAAUGGCUCCGAUCACUGCACUUUUAGUAGUGUUACUUUCUCUAAGUUUCCCGUUCUUUAGUGCAGCUGAUGGUUACUAUAGUUAUAAGUCACCACCGCCUCCAACACCGGUCUACAAAUCACCACCGCCACCCACUCCAGUCUAUAAAUACAAAUCCCCACCGCCUCCAACCCCGGUCUACAAAUCGCCACCACCACCCACCCCAGUCUACAAGUACAAAUCCCCACCGUUGCCAACCCCGGUCUACAAAUCACCACCACCACCCACCCCGGUCUACAAGUACAAAUCCCCACCGCCGCCAACCCCGGACUACAAAUCACCGCCACCACCAACCCCAGUCUACAAGUACAAAUCCCCACCACCACCACCCACCCCAGUCUACAAGUACAAAUCCCCACCACCUCCAACCCCAGUCUACAAAUCACCACCACCACCCACCCCAAUUUACAGGUACAAAUCCCCACCACCGCCAACCCCAGUCUAAAAUCACCACCACCACCCACCCCUGUUUACAAUUACAAAUCGCCACCAUCGCCGACCCCGGUCUACAAAUCACCACCACCACCCACCCCAAUUUACAAGUACAAAUCCCCACCACCACCAACCCCCGUCUACAAAUCACCACCACCACCCACCCCAGUAUUCAAGUCUUCACCUCCUCCCACCCCUGUCUACAAGUACAAAUCUCCACCACCACCACCCACUCCAGUCUACAAAUACACAUCCCCUCCUCCUCAUUACUAAAGUGUCCCCGAGUUUCAUGCUCAUAUAUAUUGUCAAAAAUAUUUACACCAAUAAGCAAUUAUAUAUGCAUCUUCACUGAAGGCUAAAUAAUGUUGUGCUUGUGGAUUUUCGUUUCUCUAGUCUGUAGUUCUUGCAUGUUAUAUAACUUGCAUUUCUUCAUAAGAGAACCAAUGUAUUUCGGUAUUUCCCUUAUAUAUAAUCUUUUAAUAAAAUUAGUUUUCUGUCAA